CCCCCCAGUUCUUAUCUUCCUCCCCUCUAUUUCUCUUGUUCUGCACUAGACAGAGUAGGGUGUGUGUGUGUGUGAGAGAGAGAGAGAGAGAGAGAGAGAGAGAGAGUAGGAGAGAGAGAGAGAGGGUGAAGUGCGCCUGCUCUGUCGCCGCCGUCGCCACUUCAGUGGAGAAGAGCCGUUUAUUCAGCUGCUGAAUGAGGAAAGGGACGGAGAGAAACGUGAACAGACAGAGGGAUGAGAGUGUAAAUGAAUGAAAGGAUCCCGACCUGGGCUUGUUCCACAGUAACGAAACGGUUUUGGACGUUAAUCCAGGCUGACCCAGUCCAGUAGAACCUGGUGAAGUCCAGUUAAGGCCAGAGAGCAGUAGCAGACCUGGCUCCAGCAGUCAUGGCUGAGCCUCCAUCAUCUCCCACCUCCUCUCGUCUCUCCUUCCCCUCCUCCAUCCUCCUCUUCCUCUUCUCCUUCCUUUUGCUCCUGUCGUUCCCUGAGUCGGUUCAAGCGAGUUCAUCUGGGAAAAACUGUUCAGCUAGUGGGGAUCCCUGUCAGGAGGGUGUGGUGCUUCCUGUGUGGAACCCCCAGAACCCUUCAGUUGGUGACAAAGUGGCUCGGGCCAUUGUUUACUUUGUAGCACUCAUCUACAUGUUCCUGGGAAUGAGCAUUAUAGCGGAUCGAUUCAUGUCUUCUAUAGAGGUCAUUACCUCCCAGGAGAAGGAGAUCACCAUUAAAAAGCCGAACGGUGAGACCACCACGGCCACGGUCAGGAUUUGGAAUGAGACCGUUUCUAAUCUCACUCUGAUGGCCUUAGGUUCUAGUGCCCCCGAGAUACUGCUGUCAGUAAUAGAGGUGUGCGGUCACAACUUCGAGGCCGGUGCGCUGGGUCCCAGCACCAUUGUAGGCAGUGCCGCCUUCAACAUGUUCAUCAUCAUCGCUCUGUGUGUGUACGUGGUCCCUGACGGAGAGACGCGCAAAAUCAAACACCUUCGAGUAUUUUUCGUCACCGCCGCCUGGAGCAUCUUCGCCUACAUCUGGCUUUACCUGAUUCUCAGUGUGUUCACCCCUGGAGAGGUGGAGGUGUGGGAGGCGGUGCUUACCUUCCUCUUCUUCCCCCUCUGCGUCGUCCAGGCCUGGGUGGCCGACCGCCGCCUCCUCUUCUACAAGUACGCCCGCAAGCGUUACCGCGCUGACAAGCACCGUGGCAUCAUCAUCGAGACAGAGGCCGGAGCCGACGGAGGGCUUGGAGGUCUGGAUGGUGGCGGAGUAGGAGGAGGCGGGGGAGCGCUUGGGGGGUUCACCAAGAUGGACAUGCUGGAGCUGGACGGACAGAUGGCGUUGAACUGUCACAGCGGGAUCGAUGGAGGGAUGAUGGAAGAGGGAGGAGCCAAGGACGAUGAGGACGAGGCGAGGCGGGACAUGGCAAGGACAUUGAAGGAACUGAAGCAAAGACACCCAGAUAAGGACAUGGAGCAGCUGAUCGAAAUGGCAAACUAUCAGGUUAUUUUUUCCCCGGUUCUGAUGCAGCAGCAGAAGAGCAGAGCUUUCUAUCGUAUCCAAGCGACCAGGAUGAUGAUUGGCGCCGGAAACAUCCUCAAAAAGCACGCCGCCGACCAGGCCCGCAAGGUGGUGAGCAGCCAUGAGACCCAGGCCCAGGAGGACGACCCUCACACCAUCAGGAUGGAGUUUGAACCACCUUUGUACCAGUGCUUUGAAAACUGCGGCUCUCUGAAACUGACUGUUGCAAGACACGGAGGAGAUCCUGGAGUUACUGUGAAGGUGGAUUAUCGCACAGAGGACGGCACAGCAAACGCAGGUUCCGACUAUGAGUUUGCCGAGGGAACGCUGCUGUUCAAGCCGGGAGAGAACCUCAAAGAGAUCACAGUUGGGGUGAUUGAUGAUGACAUCUUUGAGGAGGAUGAGUACUUCUACGUCCACCUCAGUAACCCUCGUGUGGUUGGUUAUCCUGAGAUCGGCACCGCCCCUCUGGAUGCCAGCACCACCCCUAAAGCCGUCCUCGGAGACAACCACACAGCCACGGUGACCAUCUAUGAUGACGACCAUGCUGGUAUCUUUACCUUUGAGAGUGCCAGUCAGAGGGUGAGCGAGAGCGUCGGCGUGAUGGAGGUAAAGGUUCUCAGGACGUCAGGGGCCCGAGGCUUGGUCGCCGUUCCAUACCGAACCGUUGACGGCACAGCUAAAGGAGGAGAGGACUACGAAUUGGCCGCUGGCAAGCUGGAGUUUCAGAAUGAUGAGACCAUGAAGAUCAUCGAGGUGAAGAUUAUCGAUGAUGAGGAGUAUGAGAAGAACAAGGCCUUCACUAUUGAGCUGGGAGAACCCAUCCUGCUGGAGAUUGGACAGAAACAUGGCGACUCCAAUGAGAACAAGCCCUUGGUGGGAGCUGAGGAGGAAGAGGUGGCCAAGAUGGGCUGUCCGAGUCUGGGCGAACACACACAGCUGGAGGUGGUCAUAGAAGAAUCCUACGAGUUUAAGAAAGCAGUAGAUAUACUUCUGUACCGGGCUAAAAAGAGUACAGUAGAUAAGCUGAUCAAGAAGACCAACCUGGCCUUGGUGGUGGGAAGCAGCAGCUGGAGGGAGCAGUUUGUCAGCGCCGUCACUGUCAGCGCAGGAGAUGAUGAUGAGGAGGAGAGCGGCGAGGAGCGCCUGCCGUCCUGCUUCGACUACAUCAUGCACUUCCUCACCGUCUUCUGGAAGGUUCUGUUCGCCUUCGUCCCACCCACAGAGUACUGGAACGGCUGGGCCUGCUUCAUCGUCUCCAUUUCGCUUAUCGGUGUCCUGACGGCGGUCACGGGUGAUCUGGCGUCGCACUUCGGCUGCACGAUAGGACUGAAGGACUCUGUGACGGCUGUGGUGUUCGUAGCACUGGGAACUUCAGUCCCAGAUACAUUUGCCAGUAAGGUUGCAGCCAUCCAAGACCAGUACGCCGACGCCUCCAUCGGCAACGUCACUGGCUCCAAUGCCGUCAACGUUUUCUUGGGCAUCGGCGUGGCGUGGACCAUCGCCGCCAUCGCUUGGCGUUCCAAGGGCAAGCCAUUCAAGGUGGACCCGGGAAACCUGGCCUUCUCUGUCACCCUGUUCACCAUCCUGGCCUUGGUGUCCGUCAUCACGCUGCUGUACCGGCGGCGGGCGACGGUGGCCGGCGGCGAGCUGGGCGGGCCGCGGACUUGCAAGAUAAUAACGUCACUGCUGUUCGUGUCGCUGUGGCUCAUUUACAUCCUGCUGGCUUCGCUGGAGGCCUACUGCCAUAUACCAGGGUUUUAAAUGGAGAUGAGUGGAGCGGGAGAGAGACCUACUGCCAAUAUGAAGAGAGAGAGAGAGAGAGGGGGAUGGAGGAGUCUUCAAAGAGGAUGGGGAGAAGAUGUGGAUCCAUAUAGACCGAUUCUAAUUUUUAUUUAAUUAAUCUACAGACAUUUAAUAUUCUUAGAAAAAAAAAACCUUUACAGUGUUUGGCCCAGAUUUUUUCCUCCCAUUCUAAAGGAACUGAAAAGGCGUAUAAAUCACCCGGUAACACCCAGAUUUUUCCAUCCUUCAUUUGCAUUAGAAACUCUUUAACCACCUGUCAGUUUAAUGAUGAGGAGACCUCUCGCAUGCAUGGAGCCUUUAAACCAAGACUUAAAGUGUUCAUGAAUAACUUAGAGGGAGAAUAUGCAGGUUUUAAAGAGUGUGUUUAUGUAGAACAGGAGCCUCAGUCAUCCAUCAUCAGCGCUGGACAAUGUUUAAUAUAAAAAGCUGAUAUUGUUCCCGUCUACUGCUAAACCAGCAGCUGAGAACGAAAAGAGACGAAGAAGAAGAAGAAGAUGGAGAGAAAGAAGAAAGUGUAUACAAAGACAGUGGAGAAAGUGUUAAAUAAGUAGACGGACAGAGAUGUUUUACACCUUAUCCUUACUCUCUCUCUCUCACUCUCUCGCUCCCCCUUUUCUUACUCUGUCGCCAUGGGAGCAGUGGCUCCGCCCAUCUUACAUCCAACUAAAACUGACAUUUUUUAACUCAUUUUUCCCUAAACUAUUCACACAUUUCCGGAGAUAAAUCCAUAGUGAGGGGAAAGGCAACAAAAACUGAAACCCGUUUUUUUUUUUUCUUUAUUUCUUUUCUUUUUUUUUUCAACUCAUUUUUUUUCCUCUGAAUUCACUGUGCUAAAUAGUCCUUCCUCUGACAACACACACACACACACACACACACAUAUAUAUAUUCUGUACUCCUUUUCCUACUAACACUCCAGACUGUGUACACCCCUCCAUCUCUCCCUCUUGCCUUACUAUCACCCUCUGUAGGAAUUGUCUUAAAGUUGUGAUAAUGUAAAGCUAUAGUCACCACCGACCCUCUUUAAAUGAGCCAAUCCCAAGCCCCUCCCCUGUUUUUUCUCCAAAUUAUGCCAAUCAGCAUAAACAACAAAACCUCCCCUGUUUUUCUUUUUUUUGUUUUCUAAACUUUUCAAUGGCGUCACGUGUUGAUGUUGUUACCGUGCAAUUGUAAGAAAAAAAAAUUGUUAAAACACCGUAUAGAAAGGUGAGAAGAAAAGCGAAGGGAGGAAAUGCGUGAUGCGUGACUGAACUGAAAACUAUAUAAGAGGAAAAAAAAAACUGGAGAAUCUACAAGCGAGUCGUCCACCUUGUAAUAGAUGUUUUUCUUGCAUUGAAGAAGCUUUGUGCACUACAUAUUGUGAGGUACACUGUUUACACUCGGAUGUCUAAUGCAUUAAAUUACAUCGUACAGGAGCUACUUUGUCAAUGUGAACAUCUAGAGCCAGAGCCGAGCAGGAGAUGAUGCUGCAACGCCACUGGGCAUCAACGUGAAACAGAGGAUGGACCAAUCAGAGUAAAGGAUUUCACUCGGAGUAGCCACAACAACGUAAUGAAGACGAUUACAUUGACUUUUGUUGUUGACUAUGACAAAUCAAAACAAGGACUGUAUCUAGUGUUUCUAACUGUACAUGAUAUUAUAAGGAACUUUUAUUGAUGUGUGUGAGAAAACACUGAUAUUUAUUUAUGUUAAGUCCCUCUCUUUGUGAGUUUACUGAAGGAAAACCCCUGGAGGAGGAAACACAGAAGGAUCAAUAAGCCCUUUUUUUUCCAGUGAAACAAAGCCGAAGAUUUUUAAGGAAAGCCAUCACAAGGGAAGGGAAAAAGAAAUGACUCACAAAAAGGAAAAGAGAGAAAAAAAAAUAAAAAAGCUGAAUGCUCUGAGGGAAAU